AUGCAUUCUUAUAUGAUGUUUUACAGGUUUAAAAAUAAAAUGUCUUCGCAAAAUAACGAAGCAAUCAAUCCAAGUGAUAUCAAACAUACAGAUAGAGUUGUUACUGAUUCAGUGCAUUCAAGAUUUCGACCUAUGGAAAUACGUUGUGAUAUUUGUAAUAUGGACAUCACUGGGAACCAUACUGCCAUCGAAAAGCAUUUUAAUAAUUCUCAUCCUUCUAAGGAAUAUUGUUGCUAUUGUAAGGGCAAAGUAUUUACUUAUACACAAAUGCCCAUUGAUAUGUCUUUUGAUAAACCAAAGCAUAUUGUUUAUCACAAGUGCAGUAGAUCUUAA